AUGGAUAAGGCUUGGAUGCGUAUCGAAGAUAGAUUGCAAUCCAAUGAGUAUGCUAAGGGUGUUAGACAAUUCCUGGCUAUGGCGCAAGCCAACACACCCGGAUCUAAUCACAUUAGGUGUCCAUGUAGGAGAUGCAGGAAUAGAUCUUUCUACUCUAUUCCCACCGUCGAAGAUCAUUUGUUCAUCAUAGGGAUUGAUCCUACUUAUACGGAACGGAUAUUCCAUGGAGAAGAUGAUCCUUUCCUAGAUGCUACAUUUUCUGACGAAGAAGCAGACGAUGCAUCUGCUUACAGUGACUACAUUGAUGAUGUCGACAAGAUGUUAGAUGACAUUCGUCAUGGCUCAUUUAUGGAUAAUUCAGCUAGAUAUGAAGGAAAUGCAAAUCCAAAUUAUCAACCAUCCACCUCGUAUACUCCAAUAAACCUUAAUUUGGAGGAGUUGGUAGCUGAUGCACGACAUCCACUUUACCCUUCUUGUGAUAAGAUCUCAAAGCUAUCAUUCAUCGUCAAGUUGCUUCAAAUCAAGAGCAUUGGUGGUUGGACCGUCAAGUCAUUUGACAUGGUGAUAAAGCUCUUGCAAGCUGCAUUUCCCAAUGCUCUAUUCCCUGACUCAUAUAACGAUGCUCGCCGCUUGCAGCGUGGCUUGGGCUUUAGUUACAAAAAGAUUCAUGUGUGCCUAAAUGAUUGUGCCUUGGUUUGGAAGGAAAAUGCAUCGUUAAAUGAGUGUCCUAAAUGUAAUGCAUCUAGGUGGACUGUAUGCACAAGUAAGCAACGAAGGAUACUACAAAGAGUUCUCCGAUAUUUCCCCCUGAAGCCACACUUGCAAAGGCUAUUUAUGUCAAAGAAGACAGCCCAAGCCAUGAGAUGGCAUCUAGAAGCUCGGGUUGACGAUCCGACAUGCAUGCGACAUCCAGCAGAUUCUAGUGUAUGGAAAGACUUUGAUCACAAACAUGAGAGGUUUUCUCAAGAUCCUCGCAAUGUUAGACUUGCUUUGGCGAGUGAUAGGUUUAACCCAUUCAAUAACUUGAGCAAACCGUAUAGCAUAUGGCCGGUGCUACUUGUUCCUUACAACCUGCCCCCUUGGUCAUGCAUGAAAGAUCCAUAUACCAUAUUGUCUUUGUUAAUCCCUGGCCCUAAGUCACCAGGGAAUGAUAUUGAUGUGUUCUUAUGUCCUCUUGUUGAUGAGUUGAAGGAGUUAUGGGAAGCGGGUAUUCAUACCUAUGAUGCAUAUAGUGGGCAAAUGUUUAGGUUGCAUGCAGCGCUACUUUGGACUAUCAACGACUUUACCGCAUAUGCCAAUCUUUCCAGGUGGAGCACAAAAGGCAAGAUGGCAUGCUCUUCAUAUACAGUUGACACAAAUUCACAAUGGUUGGUACAUGGGUGCAAACAUUGCUAUAUGGGUCAUCGACGAUGGUUGCCACCAAAUCACAUUUGGAGAUGGAAAAAGAAUUCUUUUAAUGGGUACGAAGAGCAUCGACUCCAACCAUCAAGGGUCGAGGGAGAGGAAUUGCUAGAACAAUUACGUGGGGUGUCACAUGUCCAGCUUGGUAAAUCUUCUUUGAAGAAGAAACGAACUCCCAAUCAACUAAAUUGGACAAAAAAGUCUAUAUUUUUUGAGCUUCCAUACUGGUUAGACUUGGGGUUGAGACAUAACUUGGACGUUAUGCAUAUUGAGAAAAACAUAUGUGAUAACUUGUUGGGAACUUUGCUCAAUAUUGAUGGGAAAACCAAGGACUCCACCAAUGCACUAGGGAUUUGGCUAAUCUUGGACUAA